UCUUCUUUCAAUCAGACAAGAAUUAAGUUUGAGCCAAAAAUGUUUGCAAAUUUCAAAAGUGUCCUUGAAUCUGCUUUUAGUUACAAGAAAUCACUCGAAAGAGAAGAAAUUAAGCAAGAUUGUGUGGAUUUAUUGCGAGAUAAACUCAAAGAUUCAAAGAUUGUGCCAAAGUCAUUAACAGACAAACAGCUUCUCAAUUUCCUAACAACAUACAAAGAAGACAUCGAUAAAGUUGUUGUUUUGAUGGAAAAUUAUUACCAAUGCAAAGCAGCAGCUCCACAAUUAUUCCAAAACCGUGAUGUUUAUUCAACUGAACUUCGAAAUGCUUUGAAGAAUCAAUAUUAUAUUUUUCUACCUGUUCUUCCUGAUAAUCAGUUGUUGAUUUUCCAUGGACUCAAGAAUUUAGAUCCAAGCACUUAUGACUAUGAUACAGCUACGAAAUUAUACUUCAUGCUGUUCGAAGCCUAUGCGUACCAUUUUGGACCAUUCAAUGGAGCAGUUAUGCUUUACGAUAUGAAAGGAUCUGGUUUGAGGUUUUUAUUUAAGCCAAGCGUAUCAUCAUUAAAACAAGUUGUCAAAUAUGUUGAGGAAGCAAUUCCUGUGAACAUCAACAAAGCUAUAGUUUUCAACACAAUCAAAGCUUUUGACUUGAUUAUUUCUCUUGUCAAGCCAUUCGUUAAAUCAAAGUUGUUUAUGAGAGUGCAAUACUAUAACUCGGAUAUAGAUCUGGAAAAAUUUUACGAAACUCAAGUUCCAAAAAGUCAUUUGCCAAAGGAAUUUGGUGGAACUUUAGGCACAUUAGAUGAACUUCAAGAGCAAAGCAUUCAACUGUUUAUGAACAUGAGAGAAUAUUUUGUUUUGGAGGACAAACAAGCAAGAUUUGAAUUCGAUGACUACAUCAAGGAACAUCCAAACGAGGUUCAUCAUAAUGACUAGAUUCAUAUUGAUUAAAUUAUCAAACUAGUUUAUUCGUUGUAUUUUGAAGUGAUAUUUUUUGAAUUUAAAUAUAAACUGUGUGGCUGUUCAGCUGUUUUGUCCAAUUCUUUGAAGAAGCGAAGUCUAAUCUUGUAUGAUAGUUAAGCAAAUUAGACGUAAUAUAUGAACAACCCUAAUAAAGAUCUAUAAAGCAGAUUGUGUUGCAUUUAAACUUUUUUCCAUUUGAAUUUUAACUUUCCAAAUUGCUUCCGAAAUCUCAGAAAGUCCUUGACUCUCUUGCAUUUAUUUCCGACGACGAGGAAGUACUAAUAAAACAAAAUCAGUUUUAAAAAC